GGGGAUGUGUGGGGAGCAGUGGGGCUGGGAAGUUUGCCGUGGGUGGAGAGAAGCAUCUGUGCAGCAGGGAGGUGUCUGGGAUGAGCUGCUGAGCUUGGUGCCAGCAUGGGCUGUAAAUCACAAGGUCUGUGCUCAAGAGGACUUGAGUUUUACCAUCUUGUGGAUAUAUUUUGCAGAUGGAUUUAGAGCAGACUUAAGGAUUUCAUAGUUAGGUGUUUGCAGGUAAGACUAGGCAGAGGGAUGCAGUGAUACAGCUCUUGCUGCACUGCCCUGUGCACCAAGCAGGGCUGCAGUGCCUUUCUGUUCUCAGCAAAGUGUGCAGCUCAUGAAGCAGGGAGAGAUGUUUGGUGCAUGAAGCCCCCCUUUCUUGUUCCUGGAAUGUAUCAUUCAUGUGUUGCUCCCAGUGCCUGAGUGCUUCCUGUCUGUGUACAUGCACAGCAGAGGAAUUUCCUCUUCACGGUGAUAGUGUGAUUGUCCAGAUUCUCCCACAUCAACUCAGCUGCAGUAGCUAGGUCUGUCCUGUCCUUUAUGAAGUGUUUCCCAAGGGAGAGCUCUUGUUUCACCACUUCCUGGGCUCUUUCUCACUUAAGCCUGUGAGGAUAACGCACUUGUUAAAAGCCACUUCCCUCCAUCUCAUGUGUAGAUCUGCAAUUCUUGACACAGAGGGGCUGCAUGUGGCAUGCAGAACUGCAGCAGUGUGCCAGCAGUAGCAGUGCUGCCUCACCAGGGAGCUUUGUGUCCACCAUCAAGUCUGACUGAGAGGUGUAACCAGGAGCAGAAUGGGUGGCAGGCACUGAGCCCUGGAAAGCAGAGUCCCAAAUUCCAGCCUGGCCCAGAGCUGUUCAUGACUCAGGAGGAAAUACUGGAGGCACAGGUGGUGCUCCAGCUGUGGGGUAACAUUGAUGUACAGCUCCUAGACACGUGGCAGGAAUUUGGUGAGCACAUCUCUGCGCUGACUAAGGCAAUAGCAAGGCGUCCAUACAAGAGUCAGCUGGAGAUGCAGGAGUUGUCUUUCUGCACUGCUGGGGUCUCAGGCAAGGGGUUGCGAGUGGAGAAGGAUGGUACAGGGCUAUGGCAGGUGUGGAAGAGACAAAUCCAGCAGUUUAACAGAGUCAGCCCUGCAACAGCAGCAGCAAUAGCAGAAGCAUAUCCUUCCCCUGGCCUCCUGGUACAGGCCUACGAAGAGUGCAGCACAGAAGAUGAAAAACUGCUGCUGCUGAGUAACAUCCCUGUGAAAUCAGACAUCAGUGGAAAAGACCACCGUGUUGGGCCAGACGUAUCCCGCCGCAUCUAUCUCUUCAUGGUUUCCACCAACCCUGACCUUAUCCUGGACCUGACUGCAUAGUGGGACCAGGAACCACGUCAGUCAGCCUCAGUAUUUUCUUCUGCUAAACUCAGCAGUUGCUGAGCUGCUUCUGGCAUGGCAGUGCUGCUGGGAGCCCAGCCUGUGGAAGCAGCUGGUUCUGUUUCAGAAUAGACUUGCACAUCAAUAAAUCUCUUGUUAUAGAUGCUUUCUUCA